UUGGGAUCCCUGUAACUGAUGCUUCUAAACUUUGGAAAAACUCUUCAAUGUUUUCUUGUGAGGGAUGGGAAUCAAGAGGUUGUGAUGAAGGUUCAAUUAUCUCCUGUUUGGGAAUUUUAAGAGUAAUUGAUUGUGGAGUAGCUUCUGUAGAUGUAGUACUAGUUGUAGAAUCUGAAUUUAAAAUAUUAUUUUUUAUUAUUGAUGUUUGGCUACUUAUUUCUAGGGGUUGACCUUUAAGCUGUGUUUCAGAGGUUAGCUGAGGUGGGCAUUUUAAUUCCUUUUUUACAGAAGGUUUAGACGUUGAAUUAUAUGG